UGAAUACAUGUGUUCUUGAGUAGGCCACUAGUUAUAAUCCACGUGGCAAUAGCUUUAUCACAAAAACCUCAUAGCUACAAAAUACAAAAACCAAGAAGACGAGAAAGAUCUUUAGAACAGAGAAGAAGAGCUUAGAACAAAUCAAAGAGACCAAAACAAAAACAAUGUCUUUCGCCGCCGUAGCUUCUACACGACAAAGCUUUUUAUCGAACUCUUUCAGUUUCCGACACAGCUUUAAACCCAAAUCCAAUGUUAACCUCACUCGUCCUAAUUCAAUCUGUUGUAAAUCUUCACACCACGACGACGAAACUGAUUCUUCCCGGAAAAAUGAGAAUCAGCUGGCGAAAUUGGCAAUCGCGACGCUAGCUGUUGGCGUUUUGGCUUUCGGAAGCGUUGGAGAUGCCUUUGCGGCCAAAAGCGGUGGUAGAAUCGGUGGUCAAGCGUUUCGCUCUUCAGCUCCUCGCCCUCCUCCUAGAAUUAACAACCGCUCGAGGACCAACAUCUACGUGAAUCCUCCGGUUGCACCACCUUUGAUCGGUGGGUAUGGAUAUGGUUACGGCGGUUACGGAUUGUCACCAUUUUCCUUUUUUGCCCCUGGUCCUGCGGUGGCAGUUGGUGUUGGCGGUGGUUUCGACCUCCUACUUCUCUUCAUGUUUUUUGGAGCCGCUUCAGCCGUUGCUAGAAACUUUUUCCGAUCAAGAAAUGAUGAAGAUGACGAAGAUGACUAUUAGGAAAAAAGUAAAAUAAAGAGGCUUAUGUAAUAUGCUUAAAUAACAAUAGUCAUACAUACGAUUUUGUGUAAAAAAAUUACGAUGGAAGAAGACGGAUAUGUGAAAUCUUGAAAUAGGUAACUAAAACCAAUCUUAAAAUAAAUGGAGUCGAUUUGAAAACA